UCUUGCAAUUAUGAACCCUGUGAUAUUUCGGUUACCUUUGGGUUUGUUCUCGUAGCUGCGCUCGAGUGAGGGAAUGGAGGAAGGAGUUAGAACUGAUAUAAGUGGGAUGGAGAUUGGUCACCUAGAAAUGGUGGCUAAAUUUGAGGAUCCAACAAUAAUAAUUCAGAACGCGACUGAUGUCGUAGGACACAACAGUAAUCAAGGUGGCAAAUACUUUGUUGUAACUGAGGUUUCAGAAAAUCCUGAAAAACUAGCAGUGAGUGCUGGGAUGGAGGUACUUGACGCUACCGCUGUAAUUGAUCAACGUAAAUCAUGGGGUGAAAUCUGUAGGAUAUGCGCUAAUACCAAUGAUUAUUUGAUCCCAAUUUUUGAAGGCGAAGGCCUUGAACAAGACCUUCACAAUAAGAUACACCGAUAUUUGCCAAUUCAGGUGUCUGAAGAAGACAAUCUGCCUCUACGUCUAUGUUACCAUUGUGCCGGUAUACUUCUGGCAUGGCAUGAAUUAGUCGAGGAUUGUUUGGAAGCUGAACGGACUCUUCUGCAAAUGGAAAGUGAAUUGAAACAAAAAAAUCAGCUUACCAGUUUGGAGAAUUCACUGGAUGAAGAAUGUCCUGGAUCGACAGUACUGGACCCUCGUAUAUCAUUCAAACGUCAAUUGCCAGAAGAGCAGCUUGCGGUCAGAGGAGAUUGCAAUGAAGCGGUGACUACAAUUGAUGCCAAGAGGACAUUGCGGAAGAAGAUGGAUGAAUUUCUUUACGUCUGCCUGGUCUUUAUGCUUUAACGUCAGAUGACGAGCAAUCUUUGUUUGCAAUGUAUUACAGUAUAAACAAA